AUGGACGGUCUAACGGGGCGGGUACAAGCUGCUAGAUUACAACACUGCGUGUUUCGAGAAACAGUCUUCCCAUCCAUCAAAGAUCAUUUCACAUAUGACAAUGAUGACUUUGACGAUGAGCCAAACGAAGAGGAAGCAUCGCAACGAAGGAAGAAGACUCCGCAUAAGAUUCACAAUCUGAGGACGAGAGAAUGCCUGAUAGUAGCAGUGACUGACUACUCAGACGAUGAUCUGCAUGACACAACAGGUGUUAACAGAAACAUGAAAAGUGUACCAGUCAACGAUCCCAACGAACUACCUCACCAGAAAAAGAGCUCCAAUGUCAAAAAUACACUGUCUGCUAGUAAUUCACCGUGGCGAAACCCCUCUUUCCGUCAGGGGGAGUUGGCUAGGAAACCACCGAUUGACAAGUAUGCAGAUGUCUUGAAACAACAAGGAUUCAUCACAACCGAGGAAGCACCAACAGUAUUCUUCAAACUGUCAAAAGAUGGUCCGUGUAUAACCAGUAUAUAUGUUGACGACACCAACGCAAUGGGGACACCAGCAGCAGUGGAUUGCACCACACAAAUGCUGAAGAAUACCUUCAAGAUGAAGGACUUUGGGACAGUAACGGCUUGUAUAGGCGUUCAAAUUGAUCACUUGAACGGAGGUACAUUCUUACAUCAGACCCAAAUGGUGGAUAAAAUCCUCAAUGCAACAAACUUGGUUGACAUUCCAACAGAGACAACACCAUUGAAAGUUAAAGAAGAUGAAGAAGCAUAUACGUACAUUGAGUCUUAUAGAUCAAUCAUAGGAAUGUUGUCUUAUCUUGCCAAUACGACACGGCCUGAUAUAAGUUUUUCAGUAAACUUGUUGGCGAGAUUCUCGAACAAGCCCAGCAAUCGCCAUUAUGAAGGGAUUAAGCAUAUUUGUGCGUAUUUGAAAGGCACAAGAGAUUAUGGGUUGUUCUUCAGGAGAACGACAGAUACAACUGUAAAAGUCAUGGGAUAUUCUGAUGCUGGUUACUUGUCAGAUUCGCGUACAACAAAGUCACAAACGGGAUAUGUGUACACGGUUAAUGGAACGGCCUUCUUGUGGCAUUCAUGCAAACAACCCUUGAAUACAACAUCCUCGUAUGAAGUAGAGCUUAUGGCAAUGUACGAAGCUUGCAGAGAAUUGACAUGGUUGAUGAAGUUCUCAAACACAAUGCAAGACACGUUGAAAGAAGGAAUAUUACACAAACCAAUUCCAAUGUACAUGGAUAAUGAAGCUGCCUUCAACAACAUAACCCAAGGGUAUAUUAGAACUCGUGCGAACAUGCAUAUACAACCAAAGUUCUAUAAGACUAAAGAGUACAUUACUCAAGGUCUAAUGAGACUCAACCAUAUACCUGGUGAUGACAACCCAGCUGAUAUCUUGACCAAAACACUACCCACAUUGGCGCAUGAGAAGCAUGUGGCAAAGCUAGGGCUUAUUUCGCAGAAAUCCCUAUUUGAAGCUAGCUAG